CCCAGCUGCCAGAGACUUGCUUCCACAAGACCGUUAUUGAUAGCCAGCUUCCUGGCUAGCCUGACUUCCCGGCGGUGUUUACCUCGAACAGCUGAGCAGUGGUCGCCAUGUUUGAUUCUCAGCUGACGGCGGAAUGAAUGGCAGCUUUGUCGACCUUCACUGAAACUACCUCAUGAAUUCUCCUGCAGAGUACUCGGAAUUGUUGACAGCUAGCAGGUUAGCAAUCCCGCUUCCUGUGCGGAAGAGAAGGGCGGAGGUGACGACGACGACGCAGCGGCCGAGUGCGCAGGCGCGCGAGUCAGCUGACGAGCAGCUGUCACGUGAGAGCCGCAGCCGGAAAAGCUGUCUUAAUGACGUGUUUGUUUGUAGUGCGAUGACAUCUCAAGAUUUGAUCGUUUAUACGUCUGCGAUGGGGAUAUUAGGUUCACGGCCAUGAGUGUGCGAGCUUUGUGGAUCGUUUCUCACGAAAAAGGAGAAAAUGGAACCGUUCGCUUUUCAAGGAGGUUCCCCACAGUGGAGCACCGAGCCAAACUCCUGGCGGGAGCCUCAUAUGUUCCGGUCCCAGAAGACGACACAGUCCUGCAGCUGCUGCUCACUGAACUGGGCCUCUCAGAACCUCAGAAGCCGUUUGUGCUGCUCAGGGAUGACUGCCUUAAGUGCCAGCGUUUGCCGGCUCUGGACCUGCACAUAGACGGUCCAGAGAAGGGGACGCUGUGGCCGGUCCUGACCGUGUCCCACGGCUCCCUCAUCCUGGCCUGCCUGUCUUUGGUGGAUGCCCCCGCUGAGCCCAGACCCCCUCUAUCCAGCCUACUGUCUGUCUCUCAGGGUCUUGCGCUGCUAUCCGGCCUGCAGAACUUCCUCCUGAGUUCUGGAGGGCGACCCGAUCCAGAUGCACUGGCCUCUCGUUUCGCCGCUCUGCCCGCCCUCAUGCUGCAGGUGUGUCCUCUUGGGACGCCGCUGGAGGUGCCGGUGCUUGGACCACCAGCCCCUUCGACCUCACAGGUGCCCGCCGGGAACCAGAAGCAGCCGGCGUGGAAGACUGGCCUUCACCGGGGCAGAGCGGUGGUCAGUGUGGCUCUGGUGGAAACUGUUCGGUCCACGCAGUACGGCAACCCGAGCCGACCGGAUCUGUGGGACGUCUACGGGACAGUGACGUGCAAAUGUGAAGUAGAGGGAGUCCUCCCCAACGUGACGGUGACCCUCACUCUUCCUCCCAAUGGCUCCCCGCUGCAGGACGUCCUGGUCCACCCGUGUGUCUCCUCACUGGACUCCAGUGUCCUGACAGCCAGCAGCGUGGACCAGAGCGACAGCUCCUCCUUCUCUGGACCCUAUAAAUUCCCCUUCUCUCCUCCUCUGGAGCCGUUCAGACUCUGCAGCUACACGUCGCAGGUGCCGGUGCCGCCCAUCUUGGGCUCGUACCUGUUGAGGGAGGAGGAGAAGCAGCAGCUGCGAGUGUCUGUCUCGCUGAAGCUGCAUGAGAGCGUGAAGAACAGUCUGGACUUCUGUGAAGCUCACCUGCCUUUUUUUAACAGGAACCAGAUGAAUUCUGUGGAGCUGAAGGUGAGCUCGGGGCAGCUGGACGUGUCCAGAGAGAAGAACCUGCUGGUCUGGGUCCUCGGACAAAAGUUCCCGAAAUCUCGUGAGGUCACCAUGGAGGGUCGGAUCAGCUUCUGUGGACCCGCAGCAGGACCGAGUGACCCGGUUUGUACCGGACUCACCGGCUACAUCAAGAUGUACUUCAAGAUCUUGGACACGACCCUGUCGGGUGUCUGCGUGGACCCGCACUCGGUGCAAGUCUACUCCUCGGCCAAGCCCCGCAUCCUCACCUCUCGAGAGCUUCAGUCCAAAGACUUCUUCAUCUGGAACUCCUCUGGCUCUGCACCUGCCUCCUCCGGGCACCUGAUCCUCUAGCAUUUCCACCACGGCAAACUGCUUUGUAUUAAAAUACUAAAU